UCGUUGAUUUGGUCGUUUGUUGUUUUUCCUUUUGUAUCAGUCGGUGCUGCAUUUCCAAACGCCAUGAACACAUUGCGUAUACGCCCCUUGAAGCCGGCACUGCAAACGAUUGCUGUGCAGGAGCUGAACGAGGUGCCGCAGCGUGUCAUCGACGAUGUGGAGACGCUGAGAGAUUGGGUGCUGAAGCAGCCGCAUUUACAAGGUUGCACCGAGCAUCAGUUCCUGCUGGCCUUUUUGCGCGGCACCAAAUUCAGCCUGGAGCGUGCCAAGCACAAAUACGAUCGCUUCUAUACGCUACAGGCCUCCAUACCGGAGGUGUUCAAUGAGCGACGCUUGGCCACAGAUCCAUUGGCCUUGGACAUUGUGCGCUCGGGCAUCCUGCUGCGUGUACCACAGCAUGAGGAGGACACGGGUCCUUGUGUGACCAUCAUACGCGCUGGAAGCUACGACACGAGCAAAUACAAGUUCCAGGACAUUAUUCGCGUCGGCUCCAUGUUCGGUGAGAUUAUGAUGUUUGAGGAUGAGAAUGCCACGAUUUCGGGCUAUGUCGAAAUCAUGGACAUGAAGGGUAUCACGGGCACACAUCUAUUCGCCCUGCAGCCGGAGUUGCUGCGCAAGUUCUCGACCUAUGCCGAUGAGGCGAUGCCCACACGGCAGAAGGCCAUCCACUUCAUCAAUGUGCCGCCAGCGUUUGAGGCCGGCUUCAAUACGCUCAAGUCGUUCUUUCCCGCCAAGAUCAAGAGUCGAAUUUCCGUGAGUUCCCAUCCGGAUGCCAUUUUCAACCUAGUUUCGCCUGAUUAUUUGCCCGCGGAAUAUGGUGGCACCCAUGGCGUUAUGGCGGACAUCAGUCACGCCAUGGAGUCAAAGCUCACCGCCUAUGCACAAUAUUUUCUGGAUUCCCAGCACUUUGGCUGCGAUGAGAAGUUGCGCGAUGUGGACAGCCGCCCACAGGACAAAUGCUCCACGUUCGGUGCAGUCGGCUCAUUUCGUAAGCUGGAAAUCGAUUAGAUCUUGGCCAAUCAGCAAUAUAAAUAGACUAAAUUAGUUUUACAACUGGGCUUUACAAGUUGAACUCUUUGAUUCCGAUAU